AUGCCCCUGAGCAGCAACGGCGGCGGACUCGAUGCGACCACCUCGCAAUUCCCAACAAUCGGAGACGACGCCCUGAACGCCCUGACGCUCCUCCACCACACCCACUCCCACUCCCACAAGGCCGAAGUCGAACCGGGCCUGCCACUGUUUCCAGCCCGCCCAUGCUCAAUUGGCCUGGAAAUCACUUCGUCCGGCAGUAACCGAAACAGGAACAUCCAACCAAAUUGGUCCAUCUCCUGUCCAGUGUGGCUGGCGCUGUCGCGUAUCGUGACCAUGGCCGCUGCUGCCGCCCUGCAGGAGUCCCCUGAAUGGGAUUUACCCAGGCUGCGCUCGUCCUUCGGCUUUGAGGACGACUACAGGCACCUGAAGCACAAAGUCAAGAGCGACGAGGAACAAGAAGACAAAGACACUGAAUUCUUCGAUGUCAAAUUCUACCCUUUCGACCCGGACGGCGCAGACCCCGUGUUUGCAGCUGUUGUUGUUUGCCGUCUGUCUCAGACCGACGCCAACGUAAACCCAUGCGAGGUCAUCAGGGUUAUCAGAGACGACGAUGAGGAAGCUACCAACUGCUCAUGCUGCUGGUCCAAGGAUGUCGAGACGGAGAAACCUCUACUUUGCGUUGCAGGAUCAGAUGCCAAAGUCAAGGUCUACGACAUCAAGGAGGGCAAGAUAUUCACGACACUUGUUGGGCAUGGAGGCGAAAUCAACGACUUGGCAACCUCUCCUGAAAAUCCACACAUCAUCGCCUCUGCUUCAGAUGACACCACAAUCAGGAUAUGGAGUCUGGAUCCUGCCCAUGCGAAACAGCCGUGUUUGUGUCUUCUAGGAGGCGAGGGGCAUUCUUGGAGUCUUCUGAGCACGUGGACAAUUCCCGACCUCCCGGAACAACAUGUCGACACACCGAUAGUUGUUCACUAUCCCCAUUUCUCCACUUCCGAAGUUCAUUUUGGCCUGAUUGACUGUGUCGCAUUCUAUGGUGACCUCAUUCUCUCCCGGGCGUGCCACGAGGACAAGAUUGUAUUGUGGAAGGUUGAGGGAUUCAGCUCUGACGACCCUCCACCGCCUCCAUCAACAGCUCCUACGGCAUAUGAUCAGAGUAGGACGACCCGAUCUGCCUUUGCUUCAAUAAACUCGCCCUCAUGCCCGAGCCUUUGGGUGCGACUACUGCAAUUCGAGACACCACAGUGCGGACCACAAUUCUUUUUACGCUUCAGUAUGCAUCACGUUCACGGGCAGCACCCCAUACUCGCUUUCUGUAACACCAAGAGCGAGAUUUUGAUGUGGGACAUGGCCCGAUUGACCGGUUACCAAAACUACAUUAACAAAAUCCGCGACCCAAAUCGUGAUCCCACCGUCAGGGUUAAGCGUCCUGUGUGGUUGCAACCCAAUCACCACAAGAUGAAAAAGGCGGCAAAUGACAACCCAGUCGACCCGGUCUUCACAGCCGCCGUCACAAUGAGGCCGGUUGGCCACCGCGAUCCCUUCAACGUUGAGGGCUAUCUGCUGGAGGAACAAACUCCCGAGACAGUGGAGUCCUGGCAGGCGAAGUACGAUACCAGCAAUCCUUUCAAGCUGAUCAGACCACACAAAAUCGAAAAGUUUGGCGGGCCACGCUUUCUGGGCCGCCAGGUGGCUUGGUCUUCGGGAGGCGAUUGGUGCGUCGUCGCCGGCAGUCAAAACACCGCCAUCAUCCUGCAGCGGUGGCCGAAAGGAGGCAGACACUCGUCGAGCCGGCAGAACUCCCAUGUCCCGUCCGAGGUACCGAGUAGGCAAGGCACUGCGGCUGUGAGUGCUGGGCACAGUGCUGGCCGGGCGAGUACGCUUUCUGCGCAGCCCGAUGCAAUCAUGUGA